UCGUCUAGCGAGUGUAUCGUACGCAGUGUUUUGGGGGUCGCUGCGAGCGCCCCUCACCUUUUGUUACCUAUUUAUGGACAAAAGUUCAUCGAAAAGGAUGCUUACCAAACAAAGCAUGUUUCCACUUAAUCCAAUAAUUUGAAAUCAAUAGCAAAGCCUCGCUCACGGAUGGCAUUCUAUGUCCCUGGAAGAUGUUCCAUCGACUCCCUUUCUUCAAGUAAAAUCUCGCGACCAAAAUAUGGUGGAAAGGAAGAAGUUCCUCAUUUCUGUUGAGUUAUGAGAGCUGUAUGUGGGAAUUCGUCUACGUUAUAUCUCUGGAACGUCCAAAACAACAAAAGAACAAUGAAUGUAAUUUCGAUUUACACAUUUUUACUGUUCAUAUCGACAUUUGUGCCAGAAGGAUUGUCUACAGAGUCACUAAGGCAACGUACUUCACAACUUACCGGAAGAAAGGAACCAAUGGCACUUCCUCCAAUGAAGCCGAAAUGCACAAAGAAUAAUAGUAAUUUUUGUAAUAAAAUAGAAAAUUAUCCCCAAGAAAUGUUAGAUGAUCUUCUACGCCAAUUACCUAAUUAUCGCCUGUUUUUCCGUCAUGAUCAAUUGGUGAAUACGAGUCUCACUCACCGUUUCGACGAUAGCCUUAUCAGGCGGCCAUUAUGCGAAACUCAUGAAAGGGUAAUCUACCCUCAAGCAGGAAUGACUCAGGAGAGAGAAUGGAGCGUGAUCAUAAAUCAUGCGAAAUAUAGACAAGGAGUUCGGGUAGAAGAAUGCAUAAAGCCUGAAUUGCCAUGUUCCAUUGACGUUAGUUUCUCCUCAGAAAAACGGCAUAAAUGUGUACAAAAAUAUGCCUACAGGCAGUUGUUAUCAUUGGACUCAACAGGUAAAGUGGUGAAAGAGCUCUUCCGUCUGCCAUCUUGUUGUAUGUGUAUGCUUUAUAAAAAAGGCGAUUGACUGAACCUUCUUAAAACAAAUAGCAUAAAGCACACAUUCGUAACUAACAGUAACUAUGAUAUAGGGAUUAUGCAUGUAGGUAACUACGUAUAAAUAGGUACAUAUAACCAUCGCGUUCUUUUUACUAUUUUAACGUGUUUAUAUAUAUUUUUUAAAUUUAAAUUUCUUUUAUUCUAAUAAAUAAGAUUUGAAAAUUUCAUUCAAAUUGGUGUAAAACGAAAAAGAUAAAAUAUAGUUCGAAUUUCGUUUGUCCUAAAUGUAUAGCCACCAUUGAAAAAAUUAAUAUGUAGAUUUUAUUUAAAUAAAUUCUA